AUGUACAGAGCUUCGUGGGAUUCAUUGUGUCUUAUCCUGGCCAACGGGCUCAUCCAAUCCAGCGCGCGCAACGGCUCCGACCCAUUCCGCGUCGUUUGGUACAAGGGUGACACAACCGAAUCAACCAACUACCUCAAGUCCGACGCCGUCGUCAUAGGUAUUACCUACACGCCAUCAUCCGAGAAAAUAGUCACCAACCAAGGCAUCGCGAAGUCGCCAGUCUGGUAUGCCUGGCACGACCACUUGCUCCUCGUAGGUCCGACCCCAAACCCGGCCAAUCUCUCCAGAACAACCGAUCUCAAUUCCAUGUUCUCGGACCUGUACGGCGCCGCAGAAGGCGACGACAGUGAACCGCCUGUGCGCUUCCUCAAGCGGUACGACAAGUCCGCUACCAGUAUCAAGGAUUCCCGGCCGUGGAUCCAAACCGGGAAGAUGCCGCGGGCGACUGCGCACUCAAUUUGGUACCACCAGUACAUUACGUAUCCGACCCAGGCGCUGACGGCUGCUAUCUUGAUUGCUUGA